AUGGACAAACAAUCGAAGCGAGGGCAUUCGAAAGUCAAUCCGCUUGUUGUAUUUGGAAACCAAGAGGGAGUCGUCCUCGAAAACGAUGAUACAAAAUAUCGAAUUUCGAAAGUCGUAGGGAGCGGCGCGUUUGGAAUUGUGGCAUUUGCAGUCGACCUGAACACAAACGAGGUGAUUGCGAUCAAACGUGUCAUACAGGACAGAAGGUACAAAAACAGAGAACUCCAAAUGAUGGAAAUGCUCAAACACGUCAAUGUCUUGGAACUUAAGUCGCAUUUUUACUCAAAAAUCUCUUGUACUGAAGACAUUUGCUUGAACUUAGUCAUGGACUAUUUCCCACAAAAUAUUCACCAAUUAAUGCAUGAUUAUAGAAGAAGACUCCCCGUCGUGUAUAUUCGAUUGUUUUCAUAUGAACUCGCACGGUCCCUUGCUUAUAUCCAUGCUUUUGGUAUGUGCCACAGAGAUAUCAAGCCACAAAACGUGUUGGUGAACAGAGACACGGGCGAGUUGAAGCUGUGUGAUUUCGGAAGUGCAAAGUUAUUGACUCCCGACGAGUCAAACAUCUCAUAUAUUUGUUCGCGAUACUACCGAGCCCCAGAGCUCAUUUUUGGAGCAACUAAAUAUUCAACCGCUGUCGAUGUUUGGUCUUUUGGGUGUGUAGUCGCUGAGAUGAUUGUUGGACAACCGUUUUUCCAAGGGGAAAGCGCUUCAGACCAAAUCACCCGCAUUAUGAAAAUCUUGGGUUCCCCUACCGCCGACGAAAUCAAAGGAAUGAACCCCGAGAGUCCAUACACCCGUGUGCCGCAUGUUGGUGGUGUUGGAAUUGAAGCCGCCUUGCGUUUCAUGAACCCACCAUUUACCGCUGUUUUGAUGUUAAUUAAAGUAAUGCAAUACACUCCAGAGAAACGACCAACAGCCGUCCAGAUCAUAACAGACAACUUCCACAAAGAGCUGUUUACCGAGGGGCUUUUGCUGCCGAACGGAAACGCACUCCCAGUCCUGACGAAGUACGACCAAGACGAAUGGACGAGAGGUGAGGCAAAAGGUGUGACAGACAAGAUGAAACUCUUUGUCGAGCUCGAAAAGAAACGAAUUGAAACUCAACAACCGACUCAACAGAAGGACAAAGACUUGCACGAAGAUAAGGAGCCGCUUGACGACAAAGAAGAUGACGAUGAAAAAGAGGAAAAGGACGAAAAGGAGCAAGAGUAA